AUGACCUCCAUCAGCACCGGAAACUGUUUGUGUGGCGCAUGCGCCUAUUCCUACACCAGCGAGCCAGCCGUCAAGGCCAUCUGUCAUUGCAAUCCUUGCCGCAAGGUCUCGGGCGGAACGAAUACGGUCAACUUUGUGGUCCCGGACGAGAAUUUUACUCUCACAGUCUUCUUCUGUACUGAGCGUGGAAAUACUUUAUGGAAGGAGGCGACUAGCAAAGAGCUCAAGGGAUUGAAGUUGGUCCAGGUGGGAACAUUGUCGGACACAUCAAAGCUCAACGGGGAUAUUGAUGCAGUAUUCUAUGCUCCAAAUAGGGCAUCUUGGCUGGUUCCUCUUCCUAGGGCUGCACAGUGGGCGCAGUUCUAAGAGUCGAAGCACGAACACAAGCG